CGGCUCCUCCCCUUUAGUCUUGCACAGGUGUACCAGCUCCUCCCCUUCAGUCUUGCACAGGUGUACCGGCUCCUCCCUUUAGUUUUGCACAGGUGUACCGGCUCCUCCCCUUCAGUCUUGCACAGGUGUAUCGGCUCCUCCCCUCCAGUCUUGCACAGGUGUACAGGCUCCUCCCCUUCAGUCUUGCACAGGCGUACCGGCUCCUCCCCUUCAGUCUUGCACAGGUGUACCGGCUCCUCCCCUUCAGUCUUGCACAGGUGUACCAGCUCCUCCCCUUCAGUCUUGCACAGGUGUACUGGCUCCUCCCCUUCAGUCUUGCACAGGUGUACCGGCUCCUCCCCUUCAGUCUUGCGCAGGUGUAUAAACUCCUCCCCUCCAGUCUUGCACAGGUGUACCGGCUCCUCCCCUUCAGUCUUGCACAGGUGUAUCGGCUCCUCCCCUCCAGUCUUGCACAGGUGUACUGGCUCCUCCCCUUCAGUCUUGCACAGGUGUACCGGCUCCUCCCCUUCAGUCUUGCACAGGUGUAUAAACUCCUCCCCUCCAGUCUUGCACAGGUGUAUAAACUCCUCACCUUCAGUCUUGCACAGGUGUACCGGCUCCUCCCCUUCAGUCUUGCACAGGUGUAUUGGCUCCUCCCCUCCAGUC